AAAUCGAAACAGAGGCCUGCCUCAAUCGACACGAUAUAUCGCAUGGAAUGGCAGCCAACUUCACGUUUUUCGAAGUCGAAUAACAAAUCAGCUGCUAAAAUGUCUGUUACCCUGCACACCGACGUAGGCGAUAUUAAGAUUGAGCUCUUUUGUGAAGCAUGUCCCAAAGCCUGUGAGAAUUUCCUCGCCCUGUGUGCGAGUGACUACUACAGCGGCUGCUGCUUCAUAAGGAACAUCAAGGGUUUCAUUGUGCAAACCGGCGAUCCGACAAACACUGGGAAGAAUGGACAGUCCAUAUGGGGCACCAAGUUCGAUGACGAGUUUAAGGAAACUUUAAAGCACACGGAUAGGGGAAUGGUCUCAAUGGCAAAUAAUGGUCCCAAUGCAAAUGCCAGCCAGUUCUUCAUUACCUACGCUGCGCAGCCCAACCUAGAUUUAAAGUAUACGCUAUUUGGACGUGUUAUCGAUGGCUUCGACGCACUCGACGAGCUGGAAAAACUACCUGUCAAUCCAAAAAACUAUCGUCCACAUGUGGAUAAGAAAAUCAAUGGAGUAACCAUCCAUGCAAAUCCGCUUGCAGCGUGACAAAUACGGAAAUGGAUUUCACUAGACUUAUAUAUAUAAAUAUAUAUAUAUUUUUUAACUAGCAUUAAGUUACAAUGAUCAUGUUCUUUUCACUCAUUUACAAACUAAUUAAUUGAGAAACAGCAAAUUGUGCAAAAGCUGCUAAAUCUAAAACUUAUAAAUCAGCCACGUUGUCACACA